AUGUCGACUGUUGAACUCGCUCCACCAGAUGAGCAGAACGUCCGCUUUUAUAACGGGCUGUCCGGGGUCAAGUUAGGUGGCCUAUAUCAGAAUGGCUCGCUGACCCAGGCCAAAUUUUUUGAUCUGCUGUCGAUCUUCUUGGUUACCGUACCCAUUCGACCGGAUGCACAACGAACACUUGUUGUUCAAAAUAGAUUAGGGGGAAUUAUCGAACCAACUUAUCAGCAGCUUAUUCCAGGAGAGUACAAUAUCUUUGCUGAUGGCGAGCCUUGGCUUUCUGAAGAGGAACUCGAAAGAAAAGGCUUGGCGGGUCUGUUUUGGUCUGACCCUAUCAUUGUUGACACUGUGUUUGUGUCUGAUGUGUAA